AUGGAAUCAAUUAGCACAAUAUUAAGAGACGAAAAACUCUUCGACAGCAUCACAAGAGAAAUGUUCAGCGCAAUUGACCUCGACCACAGUGGAAAUAUCGAAAAAACUGAGCUAAAAAAAGCAAUGACAGUAAUUGCAAGAGAAAUUGGCAUGUAUCCGCUUUCUGACCAACAGCUUGACGGAGCUCUAGCAGUUUUAGACGAAGACGGAAAUGGAGAGCUGAGCCACAGCGAAUUCAAGAUCCUCGUCAGGGCUUUAUUUGAAACUCUUUAA